AUGGGUAUUUUCUAUAUCAUCUUCACCUUCAUAUUGUUCUUUCCCUUCCUAACCUUGUCCCUCUUCAUACUUAGAAUCUUCACAGGCAAGUCCAUCAGAAACCCAAACUACCCACCUGUAAAAGGCACUGUCUUCCACCAGCUCUUAUACUUCAACAGACUCUAUGACUACCAAACUGAAGUUGCCAAAGAACACUCAACUUACAGGCUUCUGGCCCCGGACCGCAGCGCAGUAUACACAACUGACAUGCGAAACAUUGAGCAUGUUCUGAAGACCAACUUUGGCAGCUAUUCGAAAGGGGAGUAUAACCAAGCUAUUCUGGCUGAUAUUUUUGGGCAAGGGAUAUUUAUUGUUGAUGGAGAAAAGUGGAAGCAGCAGAGGAAGCUUGCGAGCUUUGAGUUCUCGACGAGAGUUCUUAGAGAUGUUAGCUGCUCUGUGUUUAGAAGAAAUGCUGCCAAACUGGUUAAAGUUAUUUUUGAGAUUUCGGUUGCCAGGGGGGUUUUUGAUAUGCAA